CAGCACAUCUCCUCGCUCCGGUUAGCGUCUCCAUCAAGCGACCUGCUACGCUCCUCCUCAUCGUUUAUUCACAUGAAGUAACCUCUACGUGAUCUCCAUGACAGCGUUUUUCUUCAUUUCUGGAUUAAACGACCAUGUAGCUGAGACCAUGUACUUUGUUCGUGUACAGUAAUGCGCGGUUUGUGUUCUAAGAAGACAAACGAGAUUAGCUGUCUGUCGUUGCUAUGGAGAGCCUGCGCCUAUCGGGCCGGGCCGGGUAGGCCCAAGGAGCGACCGCGUGUCGGAGUUGCGUCUAAAGCCGGAGGAGGGAACACGAGAGCGGAUUACUCAACAGAAAGGAAUACUGCACUUGCACCAGAGGAGUAAAUAAUUAGGAGACCAACUCCCCUGAUGUUCCCAACAUGAUGAUAGCUGUUUUCAGGUUACCCUGAAACUGCUCUAUGGGGAAAAAGAAGUUGAAUAAUUUAAAGUGUAUUAAUUGAGAUUGGACAGUUGUGAGAACUAGAGAACAUGCCUCCAAGGCCUUCGUCUGGAGAAUUAUGGGGCAUCCAUUUGAUGCCCCCCAGGAUCUUGGUGGAUUGUCUGCUGCCGAAUGGCAUGAUACUGACCCUGGAGUGCCUCCGUGAGGCCACACUUGUCACCAUCAAACAUGAACUGUUUAAGGAAGCACGGAAGUUCCCACUCCAUCACCUGCUGCAAGAGGAAGCCUCGUACAUCUUUGUCAGUGUAACACAGGAAGCAGAGCGGGAAGAGUUUUACGAUGAGACCAGAAGACUCUGUGAUCUCAGGCUCUUCCAGCCUUUCUUAAAAGUUAUCGAACCUGUAGGCAACAGAGAGGAGAAAAUUCUCAACCGGGAAAUUGGUUUUGCAAUUGGUAUGCCUGUCUGCGAGUUCGAUCUAGUGAAGGAUCCCGAAGUGCAGGACUUCAGGCGAAAUAUACUAAAUGUCUGCAAAGAUUCAGUAGAACUCAGAGAUUCAAAUGGGCCUCAUAGUCGUGCAUUAUAUGUUUACCCUCCCAAUGUGGAGUCUUCACCAGAGCUUCCAAAGCACAUUUUUGGCAAAUUAGACAAAGGGCAGAUUAUCGUGGUCAUCUGGGUUAUUGUGUCACCCAACAAUGACAAGCAGAAGUACACACUGAAGAUCAACCAUGACUGUGUCCCUGAGCAGGUGAUAGCAGAAGCCAUCAGGAAAAAGACGCGCAGUAUGCUGUUGUCAGCCGAGCAGCUGAAGAUGUGCGUGCAGGAAUACCAGGGCAAGUACAUCCUCAAAGUGUGUGGCUGUGACGAGUACCUGCUGGAAAAGUACCCAAUCAGUCAAUAUAAGUAUGUGAGGAGUUGCAUUAUGCUGGGCCGAAUGCCGAACCUAAUGCUGAUGUCAAAAGAUAGCUUAUACUCCCAGCUGCCCAUGGACACAUUCACCAUGCCCUCAUACUCGCGCCGCAUCUCCACAGCCACACCAUACAUGAAUGGGGAAGCCUCCAGCAAAUCCCUGUGGACCAUCAACAGCAACCUGAGAAUACGUGUACUCUGUGCAACAUACGUCAAUGUAAACAUCCGGGACAUUGAUAAGAUUUAUGUCCGGACAGGGAUCUACCAUGGAGGAGAGCAGUUAUGUGACAAUGUCAACACGCAGCGUGUUCCAUGUUCAAACCCAAGGUGGAAUGAGUGGCUUAUGUAUGACAUGAACAUUCACGACAUUCCACGGGCUGCUCGUCUUUGUCUGUCCAUCUGUUCUGUGAAGGGGAGGAAGGGAGCAAAAGAGGAGCACUGUCCACUGGCUUGGGGAAAUGUAAACCUCUUUGACUACACACAUACACUGGUAUCUGGGAAAAUGGCACUGAACCUUUGGCCGGUGCCACAUGGCCUAGAAGAUCUGCUAAACCCCAUCGGUGUCACAGGCUCAAACCCCAACAAGGAAACCCCAUGUCUUGAGUUAGAAUUUGACUACUUCAGCUGUCCUGUGAAGUUUCCUGACAAGGCCACAAUAGAGGAUCAUGCUAUUAAGAUGCUGUCCAGGGAAACGGGAUACAAUUACUUUCAGUCAGGACAGAGCAACAGACAGGCUCGAGACCACCACAUAAUGGAGAGUGAUCUUGAGCAACUCCGGCAAAUAGCAAACCGAGACCCACUUUCUGAGAUCACUGAGCAGGAAAAGGACUUCCUUUGGAGACACAGGCAGUAUUGUAAAACUAUACCAGAGAUUCUUCCUAAGAUUCUCCUUGCUGUAAAGUGGAACGCGAGAGAUGAAGUCGCACAGAUGUACUGCCUUCUAAAAGGCUGGCCUCAAAUAAAACCAGAACAAGCCAUGGAGUUACUUGACUGCAACUAUCCAGAUCCAAUGAUACGAGAAUUUGCAGUACAGUGCCUUGAGAAAUAUUUGACCGAUGAUAAACUCUCUCAGUACCUUAUUCAGCUGGUCCAGGUUUUGAAGUAUGAGCAGUACCUUGAUAACCCCUUGGUGCGAUUUCUGCUGAAGAGGGCCCUGACCAACCAGAGGAUUGGGCAUUUCUUUUUUUGGCAUUUGAAGUCAGAGAUGCACAACAAGACGGUGAGUCAGCGUUUCGGUCUGCUGUUGGAGUCAUACUGCCGUGCAUGUGGCAUGUAUUUGAAGCACUUGGGCAGACAGGUAGAAGCUAUGGAGAAACUCAUCAACCUCACAGACAUUCUCAAGCAGGAGAAGAAGGAUGAGACACAGAAGGUGCAGAUGAAGUUUCUAGUGGAGCAGAUGAGGAGGCCAGAUUAUAUGGAUGCCCUUCAAAACUUUACCUCUCCAUUGAAUCCAGCCCACCAGCUCGGCAACCUACGGCUUGAAGAAUGCAGAAUCAUGUCCUCAGCCAAGAGACCUUUGUGGCUUAAUUGGGAAAACCCUGACAUCAUGUCAGAGCUUCUCUUCCAGAACAAUGAGAUUAUCUUUAAGAAUGGGGAUGACCUUAGGCAAGAUAUGCUGACACUUCAAAUCAUUAAAAUCAUGGAGAACAUCUGGCAGAACCAAGGGUUAGACCUCAGAAUGCUUCCCUAUGGCUGCCUUUCCAUUGGAGAUUGUGUGGGUCUUAUUGAAGUUGUGAGGAGUUCUCAUACCAUCAUGCAAAUCCAGUGUAAAGGUGGUCUCAAAGGAGCGUUGCAGUUUAAUAGCUCCACCCUGCACCAGUGGCUCAAGGACAAGAACAAGGGCGAGAUGUAUGACCUGGCCAUUGACCUGUUCACUCGAUCCUGUGCUGGUUAUUGCGUAGCCACAUUUAUUCUGGGCAUCGGUGACCGACACAACAGUAACAUUAUGGUUAAGGAAGAUGGACAGCUGUUUCACAUAGAUUUUGGUCACUUCCUGGAUCAUAAAAAGAAGAAGUUUGGCUACAAGAGAGAGCGAGUGCCAUUUGUCUUAACUCAAGACUUCUUGAUUGUGAUUAGCAAAGGAGGAACACAAGAAUGCACUAAAACAAGGGAGUUUGAGAGGUUUCAGGAGAUGUGCUACAAGGCAUACCUGGCUAUCCGACAGCACGCCAAUCUCUUUAUCAAUCUGUUCUCAAUGAUGCUGGGCUCCGGCAUGCCAGAGUUGCAAUCAUUUGAUGACAUUGCCUACAUCCGCAAAACUCUGGCACUUGAUAAGACUGAACAGGAGGCUCUGGACUACUUCAUGAAGCAGAUGAAUGAUGCUCACCAUGGUGGAUGGACCACAAAGAUGGACUGGAUCUUCCACACCAUUCGACACCAUGCCCAGAACUGAGAUGGAGCACAUAUGAAAGGUGUUUGAACUAAAACAGGACCCCUUGUCCAGAACCUACUGGCCUAUCUUUGCUAGUAGAAACAUGGCAGCCAGACCUCAAAGUUGGGUUAAAUGUGCCCCCAACUGACCUUCAGAGCACUAAACAAUCCAAAAGAUCUUUUUCUCUUUUAAUCUCCUUUCUGGCAUCCAUACAGAAGAGUACUAACCCUAAACUUUGUCCAGAAUGGUUGUAUAUUGUUGCCUGUAGUUUUGUACUGAUGACUUUUUUUUUGGUUUGUUCUUGCUGCUCUUUUCCUGGAGAGACCAUGGUUACUUUAUUUUAUUUUAUUUUUAUUUCAGAUUUUCCUUUGAGAAAAAAAACACAAAGUCAACAGGAAGCGUUCUUUAUUUUUAGAGCGCUCUUUUGAUUACUCAUGUCUUCCUCCAAGUACAAAUGCCUUUAAAUAUGCAUGGAACCUCUGAGGAACUCGUAGAUUAAACAGGGUAGAAUUUUUGUUGUUCAGUCUGCGUCCCGAAGGAUGGUUUCUGUAGCAAAUGUAGAGGAUUUGGCAUUUCUCAUAGUCUUGUUUAAAUACUUGGCUCUUGAAAGCUAUUGCCCUUGAUCACAACAAAGGUUUGUUUUUGUUUUGUUUCUCCACCUCCUUUACAACCAUAUAUUAAUGCUGGGAUAAAGUAAAUUUGGAGUUUGGAUAGGAUGUAUAAUUUAAGCAAUAGAACACUAACUAAACAGAAACAUUGUGAAACAGGUCCAAAAGCUACACUGUGGCUCUCACUGAACAUGUAUUUCUUUAAACAGCAACUACCAGGAAACAUAAUGUGUUUCAACAUAGGAAAAAGAAAACAUUUCAAAUAUUUCUCCUCAGCGUGACAAUUAAGUAGAAUGUCCCUUCACAUACCUUUUUUUUUUUUUUUUAUACCAGCACAGGUGAAGACGUGAUUGAGGUAAAGCCUUAAUGGAACUUGAUGCUUUGUGGCUGAAUGCACAGUCCUCCUCAUGUGUACUGCAUGCAGCAGUAGAGGCUAACUUGGUGCUUAGUACAACCAGUUUUUUGAACACUUUACUUUCAGAAGAGUUGCUUUAUUUUCCACUAACAUUUAACCAUGCAGGUUCAUUUAUUGUCUGUACAUGUCCUCACUUUCAUUAUGUUCACAGCUAUAUGGUUUUGUAAGAAAUGAAGAAUGGUGCUAAAUAGAGUCCGCUGUAUAGAAAGGGAAUAAACUCUGGACGAAAUGGAUGUUUAAUGCUAAUAUGGCUUUGAAAGCUGAGAAUGGUUCAGCCGCUAAUGUUCAUUAUACCAUUUACAUCGUAAUUACACUUUACGGUAGUUCAUGUCUGUAUUGUAUAUAAUCUUCAACAUCCUGUUUGAUGCUUUUUAUCUUUCCUUAUUUGUUUUAUGGAGUACACUGUCAGAUGUGGUGAGGCUCUGUCAGGUAUGCUGUCGGCAGUUUACUCUUGGGGGUUAAAAAUUGAUAUGCAUUAAACUUUAUGAUGUAACAUUUGAAAAUCCCAUGCAAACUCUUUGUGCUGUUUUUAAGAAACUGCAGAUAUGCAUUUUACCAGAGCAGCUUUAGCUUUUCUAUUAAAUGUCUUAUGUGAGAGGGAAAGAAAAUCAGGAGUGGCGCUUAUUUUGGGGCAAAUAGAAAGUGCUCUGACAUGCAUUCAUUUAACAAUAAACCAUGUGGAAUCAUGUCUAUAACAAUCUGAUUUUGCUUGACAAAAUUCCGAGGGCCAACCAGUAAACGUAAAACAACUGACCUCCAAAUGAAUAGUGUAUAUGUCCACAAUCAUUUUUCUUUGUGUUUGAACCACAACGCCUCAUCACUACCUGUUAAUCCGACCUCUGUAGUUGUGAAGAAAGCCUGUUGUGUUUUUGCAUUACAUUUAAGCUGUGAAAAUGUAAACAUUAUAAAUGAGGUGCAAUCGUGACAUCUGUAUGGAUGUAUAUCUGCUGGUGGUGGGAAUAGCUUGUGCUCGAGAAUUUGCUCAAAACUACACUACUUAAAAGAAGCUUCAUUUUUAUUAUUUUUGUUAUUUUAAAAUCUAUUCAUUCAAGCCAAAGUUCUUUCUACAUGUUAUGUUCAUCUAAAUAAUCACCUCAAGCAUUAAGAGGGCCAGUCCCUCCCCUGUUUUUGGAUAGCUCAAUGUUUAAUGAAGAUAGAUAUAUCAUAAGUCUGAAGGACACUUUUUGUACUGUCACAGAAGUAUAGUGCUAAUGUGAGAAGUUUCUACCCAUCAAAUUUGAGACUAAUCUAUAUAGUCUGCCAUGUUUUUUUUUUUCUUUCUACAUUCUGUACAAUUCUGUUGGACUAUGUUUCACUAACUUGUAUUAAUACAAAGUAAAGGAAGGCAUCUUUAUGUCCUAAUUUAUUAUAAGUAUCCUGAAGUAAGAUGCCAUUGUGCUAUUCCUGUUUUCUUGUUCAUUUAUGUGCUGAAUUUAAGGUUUCAGAUUUUUAAACCUCAAUGUGAUUCUUAUAUGCAGUAAACUAAGAGUCAACAGGUAUACUGAAAUCAACUGAUGUAUGCUUUUGCACUUUGUAAUAUUACUUUCCCCUUAUUUAAAAUGCCUUCAGUCCUAAAGGACAGAGUAGUUUCAACUGCAUGUCCUCAGAAGCAGCAUUACCAAUUGUACUCCUCUACUGCCUGAAACAGGUCAGAUGAAUUAGCAGUUAGUCCUUGUAAAGCAGCCUUAUGUUAGCCCUCCAGAAGCCAUUUAAUGCAUGGUUGUAGUGUUUCGUCUGUACAGGUUACAGAUCCUUUGGGGCUGGACCCAUUUAAAAGCCCAUUUUAAAAUGUUUGUGAUCAUGUGCAAAUGCUUUUAUUUUCCUUCUUUUUCACCAACCAAGGAAAACCAAGAUGCUGGACUCUUUUGGCAUCUUUUAUAUGAAUUACAGUAGAAAAAAAAAUCAUAUUUCAGUUUCAAAUGUACUUGAAUAUCAUCGCGCCGAACCAUCGUUGUAUUUUAAGAGCAAAUCUGUUAUUAUGGUGUAGCACUGAAAGUUCACUUGCAUAGGCAAUUUCAUACCGAUGAUGAAUGUGAAAAUAGUUUGGUUUUAAGAGACUGCUGGAGAAACCCGUACAUGAAAGUUUGCCAUUUAUAAAUCCUAAGAAAAAAUAUUUCACACUAUGUAAAAAGAUGGAGUUAAUUGUAUAAACUUGUACUGAAAACAAGGUCAAAACUGUUAUUCUUAAAAUAUUUUUGAGUUCUUACAUUUCUAUAUCAUUCUCCUUAAUGUUUCCCUACUUAUUGCUUACCCAUAUUUUUUCAUGUGUAAUUAUUUUUGGUGGGCCAAAAAAUGUUCCAUACAGCCAUCCUGCAUGAAAUUUAUGUUAAAGCCCUAUUAUUUCUGUUCAUUAUAUGUAGAUAUAAAAAUAUGUGGCCUAAGACUGCACUCUAUAGUAACCAUCUAUAACUAAUAACAAUGACAUAGCCUCAUUCUCAUUUAUUUACUGUUUAAUUGUGCACCUCAGUUGAAAAGUUGCUUUGUAUCCCCAAUUUUUUGAGUGUUAUGUGACUAUGUAAAAAUAAACAUAUUUCAAGAAA